CGAUCCAGCCUUCUUUUUCGUCUAAACCCUACUUCUUCCUUCACCUUCAGUCACCCUCCCUCCCAUUACCCGCCACUGCACCCCGCCCCCUUCGCACCUGUCCGACGCAGUCUGAGCGGCUACCGUCGCACGCUGUAAUCUCAGCUGCUGCAGUCUCAGCCUCUCGACGAACUCUCCGCCGCUCCCUCUCUCGCUCGCCUCUCCGAGCAACCAGAGUCACUCAUCAUCAUCUCUGCGGUUUGUUUUUCUCAGAAACGGUGAUUCUUCCUCUAACCCACGAAGUUGGCUCCUUAUAUUUUGAGCAUCAGAGAUUCCUUGUAAGCCAAAAUGGACAAGAUGAAGAUAGAAGAGGUUCAAUCAACCUCUAAGAAGCAGCGGGUAGCCACUCACACUCACAUUAAAGGCCUUGGUCUUGAGGCCUCAGGAAAGGCAAUGCCACUAGCUUCAGGUUUUGUGGGUCAAUCAGAAGCAAGAGAAGCAUCAGGGCUUGUUGUUGAUAUGAUACGGCAGAAGAAAAUGGCUGGCCGAGCACUUCUUCUAGCUGGACCUCCAGGUACCGGAAAGACUGCACUUGCACUUGGAAUAUCACAGGAGCUAGGAAGCAAGGUUCCCUUUUGUCCAAUGGUUGGGUCUGAAGUAUACUCAUAUGAAGUGAAGAAAACUGAGGUUUUGAUGGAAAAUUUCCGACGAUCUAUUGGUCUGCGAAUCAAGGAAAAUAAAGAGGUCUAUGAGGGAGAGGUGACAGAACUUUCACCCGAAGAAACAGAGAGUGUGACCGGUGGCUAUGGUAAAAGCAUAAGCCAUGUUAUCAUUGGUUUAAAGACUAUUAAAGGAACAAAGCAACUAAAAUUGGAUCCGACCAUCUAUGAUGCCUUAAUUAAAGAGAAGGUAGCUGUUGGCGAUGUUAUAUAUAUAGAAGCAAACAGUGGAGCUGUGAAAAGGGUGGGUAGAAGUGAUGCUUUUGCUACAGAGUUUGAUCUUGAAGCUGAAGAAUAUGUUCCACUUCCUAAAGGGGAGGUUCACAAAAAGAAAGAAAUAGUCCAGGAUGUGACUCUUCACGAUCUAGAUUCUGCCAAUGCACGGCCUCAAGGUGGACAGGAUAUACUAUCUCUAAUGGGUCAGAUGAUGAAGCCAAGGAAAACGGAAAUCACAGACAAGUUGCGGCAAGAAAUAAAUAAGGUUGUUAACCGAUAUAUUGAUGAAGGUAUAGCAGAGCUAGUCCCAGGAGUUCUAUUCAUUGAUGAGGUGCAUAUGUUGGAUAUGGAGUGCUUUUCAUACUUAAAUCGAGCUUUAGAGAGCUCACUCUCCCCAAUAGUGAUCUUUGCAACAAACAGAGGAAUCUGCAAUGUGCGAGGGACUGAUAUGAAUAGUCCUCAUGGAAUACCUGUCGAUUUGCUUGACCGGUUGGUGAUCAUCCGAACACAAACUUAUGGCCCUGCUGAGAUGAUUCAGAUAUUAGCCAUUCGGGCACAGGUGGAAGAAUUGGUUGUAGAUGAAGAAAGCUUAGCUUUCCUUGGGGAGAUAGGUCAGAGAACGUCGUUAAGACAUGCAGUUCAAUUGCUAUCGCCUGCUAGCGUCGUGGCAAAAAUGAAUGGUCGAGACAGCAUAUGCAAGGGAGAUCUCGAAGAAGUUUGCGCUCUCUAUCUGGAUGCCAAGUCUUCGGCAAGGCUUCUUCAAGAGCAGCAAGAAAAAUACAUUUCUUGAUUUGUUUCCAAGUGCUACUCCAUUUUUAACCAUUCCCCACCGGCAGAUUAUUAUCUCUGAGGUAAUUUUCUAUCUCACUGCGUAAAGAUGGAGAUAGGGAUGAGGAUUAUUCAGUGGUAAAUUUUUGUUAUCCGCUAAUGUUAGUUGUAAAAUUUGAAGUACAAGGGAUGUAUGGAUUACUUGGUAAUUUUAAUGUCUAUAUUGAGAGUAAACAUUCUGUAGUGUA